AUCAGAAUGGGGUAGCGUAGGCAGCGAUGAGAUCACUUGGAUUGGAUGCUGUGGUGCAGACUUUGAGGGCUAAAUCGAGUACGCAGUCAGCAUCGAUCUACCGGACGUUUAACAACCAUUUUUCCCUCUUCGUGCAUAAGACAAUAACAAUCAGCACUAAAGGAAACGAGAUAUCCAAGAUGGGAACGAAGCUGCAAUUGAUGGUGAUUAUUGUGCUCGUUGGAGCACUAAUCACCGAUGUAUCAGCAGAAAGAAGGAGAAAGAGUCGUCGCCGAACAACGACAACGGAAUCUCCAUUCCAGCAGGAAGUGAUGAACAUGCUGGAGGCGGACGAGGCCGCGGAGAGCGGAAGUGCCGAGUCAGUGGAGAAAAAGAAGCAGCCAAUGCUAGUUGACCCAUGCAUGGACAAGCACUGCGGCGCUGGGAGAGUUUGCAAGUCGACUGAAAUGGGUACAGCCGAGUGUGUCUGUGUGGACUCGUGCGAUGAGGAGAUCGACCCCAGGCGCAAGGUCUGCACAAAUUACAAUGAGACCUUUGGCAGUGACUGCGAGGUUUAUCAGGCCCGAUGUUUCUGCGAUACUAAUGACGCUAGGUGCCGCGGGCCAGAGUAUCAGCAUGUGCAUAUUGAGUAUUAUGGAGGAUGUCGUCAAAUGCCGAUGUGCAAAGAGGAGGAUAUGCUCGAUUUCCCCAGGCGCAUGCGGGACUGGCUCUUCAACAUAAUGCGCGAUCUAGCCGAUCGUCAGGAGCUACCGUCCCACUACCUAAAAAUGCAACGCGAGGCCGAGACGAAUUUGACUCUACGCUGGACUAAUGCGGCUAUCUGGAAAUGGUGUGAUCUUGAUGGUCAUCCACACGAUCGCGCCAUUUCACGUCACGAACUCUUUCCCAUUCGUGCACCCCUUAUGGCCUUGGAGCACUGCAUUGCACCAUUCUUGGACGGUUGUGAUGCUGAUAAUGACCAUAAAAUUACCCUCGCCGAGUGGGGAAGGUGUCUUCAAUUGGAUGAGGGCGAUUUGGACGAUAAAUGUGAUGAGAUUGCAGGGGCUAAUCUAGAUUAAAGCAUUCUCACAAGAUCGUAAUGGCAAAUUGAUAGUGGUCAGUAAAAUGAGAUGAAUCAACGCAACUUUGAGUCGAGUAUUUCAUCAACAUCAUUGAAAUUUUCUCCCCCAGAAUUGGAGAUCUUCAACGAUAACUGAUCUUAAAGUGAAAUUGAUUCAUGUCGUCACUCCACAGGCAGAAAAAAAUGAGUAAUGAAAAUUUUCAUAUCAUCGAAAUGUUUUUGGCAUGAAAAAAAGUUGGCGGGAAAGAUAACAAGUCCAGGUGCCCAACGAGCGCGCAAUCAUGGACGCGCACAUCCCCGGACGACUCUCAUCGAUACUGCAACCCCCAGAAUCAGUAAUAGCGAAAACUGGAUGUGUUAUCAGCUCUUUUUUCCUCUUCCAGCGACCUGAUUACAUUGAUAAUAAUGCAGUCCUUGCGAUCUUGGGGCUUUCCGUUUUUAGAGAAUGUCAUUUGAUUUUUAAUUUUACCCCACAUUGGAUGCAAUUGACAUUUACAGUUCUAAAGUAUUUCUAUUCAUUUAUAUACGAUGAUUUUUUUAUUAUUGACCAGUUAUUUCUGUUAAUAAAGAGUAACCAAAGAUGAUUGUC